CAAAGUAAAGCCAACACAAACAACUCAAAACGUUCUUUUCUUGCAUAAAAAACAGCAGCAGAUAAAGAAGCUGAAUUCUCUAACUUGAGAACUUCCACUUGCCUUUUCGAAACUUUUUUCUUCGGACGAAUUCAUGGAUACUUCUCGCUGGACGCAGGAAAUAGGAGUGGAAAAAUCCAUGCCAGAAAUAACUGAAAAUACAUGCUCAAGGCCAUUAGUGGAGAAAAAAGUGAGGCCACAAAAUGAACAAGCCCUCAACUGUCCAAGGUGUCAUUCGACGAACACGAAGUUUUGUUACUACAAUAAUUACAGUCUUACUCAACCAAGAUACUUCUGCAAGACGUGCAGAAGGUACUGGACUGAAGGUGGCACCCUCAGAAAUGUUCCAGUGGGAGGCGGUUCGAGAAAGAACAAGAAGUCUACAUUUAGUUCAUCAUCAUUGUCAUCAUCAUCAUUAUCAAUAUCAACAUCAGUUUCUCCCCAUAAUAAACUUGUUGAUCUGAACCCUCCAAUUAUCUCUCAGUUUUCUGAUCAAAACCCUAAUAGGCAAGAUCUAAACCUAGCUUUUCCUGCAGCUCCACAAGAGUACUAUCACGGUACUAUUCCUCAUUUUCUUGAAUAUACUAAGAUUGAGAACAGCAGUAACAUCAACUCUUCAUCUUCGAAUCCGGAUUCGGCCCUAGACUUGCUGAGGACUGGAAUAGCCUCAAAGGGAAUGAGUUCCAUUUUCCCCACAUCAAAUGUGGAAACUAAUGCACUUCUUGUAUCAGGUUUUCCAGUUCAAGAAUGCAAACCUGCAGCCAUUGGUUUUUCCUUUGAUGGAAGGCUUAUGUUUCAACGUCAUUCGGGCACAGAUGAAGUCAAUAAUCAGAUCAACAAGGGACAUGAUAAUUCAAAUGGAUACUGGAAUGGAAUGUUAGGUGGAGGAUCUUGGUGAAAAGAAGAACAAGCACAGGCACUUUUUUCAUCUUUAUUUUUCUGUCGAUUUCUUUGUUCCUUUACAUGGUUGAUUAAUAAUUGUAUGGAGUUGUUUAGAACUAACAUAUUACAAGGCUCGUAUGAUUUUCUUGA